CAUGUUUUUGAUUAAUCAAACAUGACAUUAGUCAAAAUUAUUAUGUGAAAGGGCAAAUAUAAAAAUUCUAGUAUAAUAUGGAAAAAAAUAAACCAAAGAAAACUAAAACUUUACAAAUAAAAUAUCCGAUCCCGUACACGCAAUCGUGGCCGAACGCGGAGCGCGCGCCGAAACACAAAAAAAACACGUUAAGAAGUGCACAGAAGAAGCCACUACCCCCACUGCAGCAGCGUUGUCGGCCGUGUGCGCCUCCAAGGAUCAAGGCUCCGGAUCCCACCGUGCCGCAUCUGAAAUACGGAAUAUUUCCGAAGAAAACUUCGCUCGCCAGAGGCCAGUCCAAAACGGUGACGUCGAAGCCAACGAAGCAACCUUCAGCUGUUCUAGAGAACGAAAAUAUCAAAACAGAGAAAAAGAAGAGCUCUAGAAAUGCUCCAUCAGCAGAACCGCCUUUAUUCGUGUUCCGGGCUAUAGACAAGACUUCUACUCGCCAGUUGUCUAUGUCAGAGACAAUGCACAUAGACGUGAAGCCAAGGAGGAAUCUGCCGAUGUCGCCGAUGCAAAGGAAUAUAUCGCCUACAGCCAGAGUGAGACGGACUUGAGUGGACGCAAAUUAUAGUCAAUAAAAUAUUAUUUGAG